AUGAAGUUGCAAAAUACUUGGGGAUGUUUUCGUCGAGCGAUUUUACACGGAAAAAUACAAUAUUUUUACAAACCCACCGACAACCCUACACUUAAGAUAACAGGAAAUCACCGAGAUAACAGGAAAUCCGUCAAUAGAUUAGGUAAAUAUUCAUAUACACACAUCAAGAAGAAGGAUACGGGGCAAAGGACUGCGAAGAGAAUAAUAAGCACUCCUAUACCAGUGCAUGGUCAGGCUCGAUGUGCAGUUACGUUUAGCCAAACAUCUGUCCCUGUCUUGUGGCAUAUCAUCUCGGGAUCGUGUGAACCAAUAUUAGCGGGGAAGAUGGCCUUGCAGCAUGGUAUCAUUGAUUUUAACGCCAACCCAGACACAUUUCAUCCGAUCCUUAUGAUUGAUGCUGAGGAUAAAGGCAAUUUUCAAGAAAUGUUGGCGAGGUAUCCGCAAAAUUUCGAUGGUAUUGGCAAGCUCCAUCAUCACAAAGUUAAAUUACAUGUAGACAAGGAAGUUAAACCAGUGCAUGUGCCACCAAGAUCAUUUCCAUAUCAUCUUAAAGAAAGAGCUCAGAAGGCAAUUGAAGAUAUGAUCCAGCAAGACGUCAUCGAAGACCACCCUAGGGAUAAACCUGCCCCAUGGGUUACAAAUGCUGUUGAUGACGGUAGUCUUCGGGUUACAAUGGAUGCCCGCAACGUAAACAAAGCUUUAUACCCAACAAAUCACCCUAUCCCACGUCAUGAAGAUAUCAAAACGAAACUAUCUGGCUGUCGAGUCUUCUCUAAAAUGGAUUUUGAAUGGGAGCCUGAAUCGAGAUACUUUACUGUUUUCCACGCCAAUGAUAAAUUGUAUUGUUACAAGCGCUUAACCAUGGGCCUCAAACCAUCGCAAAGAUAA